AUGAUCCCUCAGACUAACAAUGCGACUAAAAUUACCACACCUGAAACGACCACAACUGUUUAUAAUGUAUUACUAGCAGCAGCAACAAUAACAAGAACAAGAACAAUAACAACAACUACUACUACUACUACUACUACUACUACUAGAACAACAACUACUAGUACCUCUAUUACUACUAUUGCAACUACAAUACCAACAAAUACUGCAAAUGCUACAACCGUUGAAGGAAAUGAUUCUAUUAAUCCUGUUACCUAUACUACACCAAUUACUACUACAACUAAUACUAUUCUAAUUAGGGAUAUUCAUUUACCGAGUAGAACAAUCUCACAAUCAUUUGAGAAUGAAGCAUUGUUAUGGUGGGUUAUUCUGCAAAAGAUACUUGGAAGAGAUGCGCCCAUUUAUCACAAUAUAGUUGAAACGGAUAAUAAGAAUGAAACAACCAUAAGUAAUCCACAAAUCCUUAUCAAUGAUGUUGAUAAUGAAAGUAAACUACGUUUCUUGGAAGAGAUACUGCGUGAAUUACGAGAAAAUCCCAAUAAAUAUAAAGUAUCUUUGGAACGUACUGACGAUCGACAGAGUUGGAUGGUUAUCCAUAUUGGGAAUUGUCAUAAGUGUGAAAAUUUGCAAGAAACGAUAUUUACGGAUAUUCCGGGAAUGCCACAUCAGUUUCCAAGAAAACGUGAUUCACCGGACGAAUUAAAAACAAAUUAUCAUGUACUUCGCAUAAGAUUGCCCUAUGGACUUCUAAAUAAUGGUACAUUAAGUGGAAGAGAAAUUCAACAAAAAGAAGCAAAUAUAGGUCUAGAUAAUACUUCCAGUAUCAAUAUGCAUAUGCAACAACUGAAUAAUCAUAAGGAGAAAUUGACUUUUGAAAAGCUUCCGGAAAAAUACAUUGAUGAACAGCAUGGUUAUCUGUAUAGAGUUAAAAUUCAUGGUAUUAAUCGGGAGUUACCAUUUAUCAGUAACAUUACUACCGAUCAUGAAAUGCGACAAAAGGAAAUUGAAAGUGACAAGAUAGGAGCAACCAAGAAUAGGGUUGACAAUAAUACCAGAGGGGAAACUCGAUCUGCCAUUAAUUCGUACUGUUUUGGCAUAAUUAAUCGUCAGCUGUUAUACAAUGCUUCGUAUAAGACACUUUAUGAUGUAUCAUUGGAACGAUGCAGAUGUGCUUGUGCCAAUACAUGGGAUAGUGAUAAUGAUAAGGAUUGCAUGAUAAAGUGUAAAAGUUUCCAAUAUAGUAAUGUUACACGGAAAUGUUUGCUGAACGAAGAAGAUCAUAAUGGAAAUUUUGAUUUGGUAUAUAGUUGGGAUACUGAUUAUUUUUAUAGAAUAUGUACCGGUGAAGAUAUUACCAAAGAUUCAGCCCGUAACUGUCCAACGCGGAGGAAGGCAAAACUUGAACAAUCUGAAUCAGAAGGGACAAAUGCAAGUGAAGUUACGAUGAUAAGCAAAGCUGAAGAGAAUAAAACAAUCCAUUCAACCAAAAAGCGGUCAACAGUCGGUCAUCAAUCGACGUUUUCCUCAUCAACCUUCCACACACAAUCUGUCUAUUGGUGGAAAAAUAGUGGGAAAGAAGAAGUAAGGAACAAAGGAAUCAUUGAAGAAGUGAUAUUAUCGCCUGAUUUGUGGAGUAAAAUAUUGAAGAAGAAGAAAAGUGCUACGGAAAACUUAAGAAAUUUGGUAUCUGAAAUACUGAAGAACCAAUCGGAAGAAAUGAGUGUUGGAAAGAAAGGAAACGAUUAUAAGGUUGAAAUUCGACGCACUACUACUACCACACUACGUGGUAACCGAGGAAUACGAUCCACGAGGGAUGCGGAUCUGGAAACAAUCGAGAAACCAUUUGCUUUAACAACAGUUUCUGCGGAUUAUACAGAAACGAAAAUGAUUAAGCAAUCUUCAUUGCUUAAUGAAGAAGUUGCUAAGUCAUCAAUAAAAAAACCUGGAGUGGAAGUAGUGGAAACGACUGAACACGUAGAAAUUAGAACGGAGAACGAUAACGAACAGAAAUUCAGCAAAUCAGUUGGUGGAUUGAAUUCGAACAUCACGAAGUUAACGACCAGUAUGAUCGACCAAAGAACAAUAGCAGACAGUGAUUUUGGUGGAUUUUCAGAAAAAAAAAAAUGA